AUAAGUAAUAUAAAUAUUAUAAUAAUUUAAUGGAAAAUAUUAUAAAAUCUUUUUUAAAUUUCUUCUUCUAGUCUGCGCCUACUAUUUAUUAUAUUUUGAUUUAUUAUAUUUUGAACGUACAAUUUUCUCCGUGCAUAAAGCAUUACGUUUUAAAAUAAUGUAUCAAAUAUAUCUCGUUUUAUUUUAAAAUAUUUCAUAUAAAACAAUUAAAUUUGUAGUGCAGGAUCACGUAACGAACUAUACGUUGGAAUUAUAAUGCCAGAUAUCGAGUGUAUCAGCACAAGGCAGCCGAAAGUAAAAAAAAAAGAGCUGUAAAACUCUUAUCGUUACGUAAGACGAGUGACAGACAGUUUUCUCGCAACGAACAUAUAUUUUUACUACGAACAGAAACGAGAGCCCGUAUCUUCUGUUUGUCGGCCUUACGAGCGCGUUCGCCGCCGUGUGCGUACAAUCUACCGAUAAAACUACACUCACGCUUCGCGAGACCGUCCGUGAGAGCCAUAACCGUGUACGUACAUACGCGAGUCUCAGGUCGUCUGACGUAACGUACGUAAUUGUCCGGUGUACAUGUAUCCGGGGAAUAUGCGAAACAAGAGCCGCCUUAUGUUCCUCACGUACUUGCGCGAAACCCGUCGUGUCUCUCUCCCCGUGCGAAUGAACCUUAUCCUUUAAGGCGUAGGAUUGAUUCCCGUUUCGAUUUUUCAGGCACGUCUUCGCCCGUCCCACUUCACUCGCCAAACAUGCAUCGCGAGAUCGAGGACGACAAGACGCGCAGGAGAGGAGACGCGAUAUCUCUAGAGUAUUACAUCGCGCACUUGCUUCUGGUACUCGAGUGCGCCCGUAUUUGGCCCGUCAAGUCGUUUUCGCGACUUAAAGCAUCACUUUCCACGGGAGGGACGAUUAUCUUUAUAACGAUAAACUCCUUGCUCCUGCUCUCGGAAAUAGUGGCGGUUAUGAUAAACAACGAUCUGACGUUAUUUGCCAACAUCAUCGGGGUGAUCAGUAUGCACGGUGUGGGCUUGGUAAAGUGGUGUUAUUGUAUACGGAAAAACAGAGAGAUCGUCGAUAUCGUGACGAAGUUAAAAAGAUGCCACACGCUUUGUCAACGACUCGAUAACAGCGAGGAAGGAUGUCGAAUAUAUAGAGACAAAAUGGAAUAUGUGCGCAAAUAUUCCAAUAUCUUCAUACAGUGGUGGACAAUUACUUGCAUUUACGGCGUUCUACAUUGGUGUGCCAAUCCAUUACUCUUAGAAUGGUCAUUCCAGACAAGCUCGUUUAAUCAUACAUUUAAACAAAGAAAUUUACCAUUUGUCGGGUGGUAUCCGCUGAACACCAACGAUUUUUAUAAUUACGUUUGCUUGUAUCUCGUGCAGAUAAUCGGCGGAAUAUCUCCUGCGCUUGGUAUUGUUUGCUAUGACAGUUUUUAUGUUACAAUGCUGAUGGCCAUCUGCGUGCAAUUUCAAUAUAUCAACAUUGUACUGACAAAAAUCAAUUCUGAUAACAAGCCAGAGGCCAUGUCUAAUCUCGAUAGCACGUUAAAGAACUGUGUGAACUGUCAUGUGGAAAUUAUAAGAUUUCUAAAAAUACUGCAAAACUUUAGUGGCCCAACAAUGUUCGUGCAAUGCAUCGAAACGUUAAUUAUCCUUUGUUUAGUAUCGUUUGAAGCGUCAGUGAUUAAAAUUGCGAUUGACAUGGUGUCUGUUUUGAAAUUAUGGGCUCUACUAGAAUAUUUUUUAUGCGCUGCUUUUCAAUUGUACGUCUUCUGUUUCUUUGCCACUCAAAUCAAACAUUUGGGUUUACAAAUGACGCACUCGGUAUAUUGCUGUGAAUGGGAGCUUGUAAGCUUUGGAAAAAGAGAACAAUUUAGAAAGCAAUUAAAACGUGAUGUUGGUCGAUUGGUGCAAACCAUUACAAUACAGGCACAGAGGCCAAUUGUUUUAACCGGCGGUCCAUUUUACGUUCUUUCAUUAGAAACUUUCAGAGUUAUAAUGAGUAUGGCAAUGUCAAAUUCUGUAAUGUUGCGUACAAUACAUGAUAGAGAUGAAUGAACUAGAAAUAAAUAACUAUCUAUAUGUUUCUUGAUUUUUAAUAUAUGAGCUUGCAUUAUCUGAUAACAGUAAUAA